AUGGCCACCACGGAAAUAAACGGCAAUUCAGUGGAUCCGGAAGAGAAACCGCUCUUCGAGGUCUACACCUUCAAUGGAAAGACAUUGGGCCAGCUGAAAAAGGAUAUUCCGGGCUAUGGACGAGUGUAUUAUAAGGUAUGUUGGUUGAUCUUGCUAUUUGUUGAUGUUUAGGAAAGUAACUGAAGGAAAAUUUGGAAUUUUCGGCAAUUUAGACAUCAGAUGUCUAGUGUAAUAUAAUUAAGUAUGCAAGAAUGCCGGAAGUAUUUCAAAGAUGAUUUUUUGAGGGUUUUUGUGCCAGACUAGAGUUAUAACAGCCAGAAUUUUCAAAAUUUUUACUUAUCUUCUCCUUGAUCAAGCUGAUGUUCAGCCAGCCGCUGGGCGCAGCUUGCUCACGUUUGACUACUACUUUGAUUAUCAUCUUACCUGAAUUUUGGUCUCUUUCAGGUCAAGAAAGUUCAUGAACUGAAUGAGGAAAAAGGUGAACUCCUCUGCACUUGUUUUGCCAUCAGGGAUAAGGUCUGGCUUCCCAUUCAAACUGCUCUCCGUCUAGAACAGCGUAAUCCGUUGGUGUCUGGACCGGUUGCUAAGUUCUUUGAGGACCAGAUUGAAGCGAAUUUGAAUGUUGAGUUGGUUUUCAGCGACGAUGAGGUAUGUUUUUUUUGUUGUUGUUCCUGAAAUUUAGAUAUGAAAAUUGAAGAAGAAUCAGAAACGUUUGUUGAUUCUCUAGUAUAAGGUGUGAAAUUAAAGCCUUGAGGCUCUGAAGUUAAAAAAAAAGUGAAAAUCGGCCAGCUUUGACCUAGAAAUUACUGGAUUUGACAAUAAAUCUCAAAAUUUUUAGGAAAAUCCUUCGGAAGAAGCUGAAGAACCCGGCUCAUCUCUUGAAAAUGAUGUGAAUAAAGUCGAAAUUCCUUCAGAAAUUACAGAACAGCUAGAAGCCAUUCGGAAAAUCCCAGUUUCUCCACAAAAAGAGCUCGAGGAAGAGGUCUUGGCUCUAAAUCAAUGUUCCUCGACUGAUAAUGGGCAUACUGAUCAGCUUGAAGUGGUUGAAGAAGAUGCUCCUGGCUUCUCUGGAGGUAAAUCUUUUGUGUUUUUGGUUUGUUUUUAGGGCUUUUGCAGGUUCCGGAUGAAAAUUAGGAUUUCUCUGACAAUUUUGAUGUUAGCCUUUCGUUUCUGGAAUUUCUGAUGUGAAAGAUUGUUUCUACAACAUUCUUGAGCCAUCUCGGUUAUGGAAUGGUCUUUUAUUCCCUUUGGUUUGACCAAAAUUCAACAAAUUUCCCUAAAAUUAUAUUACACAUGAGCUCUUGCUCCAAUUUUUGACAUUUUUUGCCCUUUCGCGCCACUAAUUACCCGCCGGCCACUCGAAUGAGAAGCCUAUCAUUUGAAACCGUCUUUUGAAAUUUUAAUCCGUCGCUAAUUAUUGUAUACACUUGCAGGUCGUCAUGCCAACAGGGCUCCGAUACCCGCCGAAAACAGCGCAACUGCUCCAGAAAUUAAUGCCAGCCCAUCGGAAAAUCAUAACCUGGAGGAAAUUGUAGGCUCGCAGAGUCAGGAAUCUGCCGAGAACGAAGUUGAGUUCGAAUUUUUGGAAAGCAAACAGAGCCCUUCGGAUAGUGUUGAUCGGGCUCUGGGAAUCGCCGAAAAGGAGAGUGAAGUUAAUGAAAAGGGUGAUAAUAAUAAAGAAAAGACCAUGGAGACUCCAUCGACCAGCGAUUCAUCAUCAAAUUCGCCUUCAACAUCGAGCAAAUCGGAUAAUGAAGAAGAUCCGAAGGUAGGGUAAUAUAAUUUUUUGUGGAAUUUAUCGGUGAAUUUGGAGUUAACUUGUUGAUUUUAGCCUGAUAAUGUUCCAUGUACCUCAAAAUCUGAGGAAAUUAAUGAAACUCGAAUGGAAAUUGAGUUAAAACAAGGUGAAGAAGAGAGUUUCCUGAAGCCGAAUGAAAGUCCAAGAAGGACGAGAAGAGGAAGAACGGUCAGUAAUGCGAGCUCCAGAUCCAGCCCAGAGAAGAAAAUUGGAGAACAGGAGGUACUGGAAGGAAAAGGGGUACCCGAAGAGAUGAGUGAAGACGUGAGCCCUAAGCUGGAUGAAAAUGCUGAAGAAGCAAGUCCCCAAUCAAGCCAGAAUAGAAGAAGCACUAGAAGAGGAAGAACAGCCAGUCUUGCUAGCUCUAAAUCGGACCAGGAAAAGACUUUGGAGGCACAAAAUGAAGGGUCAUUUGCUCAGAUGGAAGUAGAAAGUCAAGGCUCGAUUGCCAAUGAAAAUGAAGGAGAAGAUAUGGAAGGGCGUAAUAAUGUAGAGAAAUCGAUGCUGGCGAGUGAAAAUUCGAGUCAGAAAUCGAAUAAGAGUCCUACUAGAAGAAGCACUAGAAGUGGAAGAACAGCUAGUCUUACAAGCUCUAAAUCAGGCCAGGAAAAAAGUUUGGAGGGUCAAAAAGAAGGUGCCGAAGGUCAGGAAGAAGCUCAGGAGCACAAGGAAGAGAAACAGGUCGAAGAAAAUGCUUUGGAAGAUCAUACGGAAAAGAUUGAGGAGAAAAUUGAAGAUGUUGGUCAAUCAAGUCAAAAAUUGGAUGAGAAUUUGAGAAAAAGAGGCGGCAGAAGAAGCAGGACCUCGACUAACGCCAGCUCCAGCCCGGAAAAGAUGCUAAUUGAUGAGCAGAGCCUUGAGAGUGAAGCUCAGAAAAGUUUGGAAGAUAAAAUUGAUGACAUUCCCAAGAAUAUUGAAGAAGCUGACCAAUCAAGCCAACAGUUGGAUGAAAGUUUGGGAAAAAGAGGCGGCAGAAGGGGCAGAACGUCGAUCCGAGGUAGCUCUAGCCCUGAGAAGAAAAUUGUUGAAGAACAAGAGGGUUUGGAAGAAAAAGAGGUACCCGAAGAGAUGACUGAAGAUACAAGUGCUAAAGUGGAUGAAAAUGAAGAAGAAGCAAGUCAGAACUUAGGUCAGAGUAGAAGAAGUGCUAGAAGAGGAAGAACAGCCAGUAAUACGAGCUUCAGAUCCAGCCCUGAGAAGAAAAUUGCGGAACAAGAAGCGCUGGACGGAAAAGAGGUACCCGAAAAGACGACUGAAGAUGUUAGUGGCAAACCGGAUGAAAUUGCUGAAGAAUCAAGUCCCCAAUCAAGCCAGAGUAGAAGAAGCACUAGAAGAGGGAGAACGGCAAGCCUUGCAAGUUCUAAAUCAGGCCAGGAACAAAGUUUGGAGGGCCAAAAAGAGGGUGUCGAAGGUCAAGCAGAAGCUCAGGAGAAGAAGGAAGAGGAACAGGUAGAAGAAAGUGGUUUGGAAGAUCAUACGGAAAGGAUUGAGGAGAAAAUUGAAGAAGCUCACCAAUCAAGCCAACAGUUGGAUGAGAAUUUGGGAAAAAGAGGCGUUAGAAGAAGCAGAACGUCGAUUCGAGCAAGCUCUAGUCCAGAGAAGAAGCCAGUAGAUCAACAGGGCCUUGAGAGCGAGGCUCUGGAAAGUUUGGAAGAUAAAAUUGAUGAUAAUAGCAAAAAUAUUGAAGAAAUUGAGCAGUCAAGCCAGAAAUUAAAUGUAAAGCCCGGAAGAAAAAGAACAGCCAGUAUUGCCAGCGCCAAAUCGGAUCAGGAAAGGACAUUGGAGGUGCAAAAUGAAGGAUCAUUUACUCAGAUGGAAGUUGAAAGUCAAGACUCGGUUGCCAUUGAAAUUAAAGGAACAGACCUUGAAGGGAAGAGAAGCAUAGAAAAAUCGAAGUUAGCGAGUGGAAACUCAAGUCAGAAAUCGGAUAAGAGUCCUACCAGAAGAAGCACUAGAAGUGGAAGAACAGCCAGUCUUGCAAGCUCCAAAUCGGGACAGGAACAAAGUUUGGAGGGUCAGAAAGAAAGUGGUGAUGCUCAGGCAGAAGCUGAGGAACAGAAGGAAGAGAAACAGAUCGAAGAAAAUGCUUUGGAAGAUCGUACGGAGAGGAUUGAGGAAAAAAUUGAAGAUGUUAGUCAAUCAAGCCAAAACUUGGAUGAGAAUUUGAGAAAAAGAGGCGGCAGAAGAGGCAGAACGUCAACUAACGCCAGCUCCAGCCCGGAAAAGAUGCUAAUUGAAGAGCAGAGCAUUGAGAGUGAAGCUCAGAAAAGUUUGGAGGAUAAAAUUGAUGACAUUCCCAAGAAUAGUGAAGAAGCUGAUCAAUCAAGCCAUAAAUUGAAUGUAAAGACAAGAAGAAAAAGAACAGCAAGUCUUGCCAGCUCCAAAUCCAGCCAACAGCAGGUGGGGAACCGAGAUGAGAGCGAAGCUAGUCAAGAAAAGAUUGCUCGGGAAGAUGUUGAGCUUGCUGAAAAUUCGGAAGAAAUGGAAGAUACUGGUCGUGAUAGGGUCUUGAGAGGAAGAAAACGGGUAGAUCCGAAAUCUGGAAGUCGUGUAAAAGUUGCCAAACCUAAAAAGAAUCAAAAGGAAGAAGAAAGUAGCCAAGAACAGAAGGAUAAAGAAGAAGAGGCCGUAGUGGGUCAAGUACAAGAUCCAGAAAGUCUGGAUCUGGAUAAAAGUGAGGAGAAGAACGUUGAAAUUGCUCAGGAACCAUCAGAACCCCGCAAAAGAGGAAGACCAGGUCGAAAGAAGAAGAUUGCCCACGAAUCCGGCUACAAAUCGAGUCCAGAGACCAAGAAGAAGGAUGACUCAAAAGAACGACUUCAAAUCCCUUCAAAAUUAGAUGCCACUGGAACUCCGGAGCCUUCAGGAAGCCAGAAUAGCAAUUUUAUGACACCACCGACAAAGAGAGGCCCAGGAAGGCCAAGGAAAACACCAAUUCAAUCGGAUCUUCACACACCUGGCUCAAGUGCAAUAUCGGAGCAUAGCAAGGAGAAGAAAGUGAACAAUGAGCUGGAAAACAGUCUAAAUGAAAGUCUACAGAGUGAAGAAGACGGAGGCAGAAGAAGCGGCAGAUUGAGAAGUAAACCGGGUGAGUAUGAGAGAUUUUUUGUUGUAGUAGGCAUUUGAUGUCAUGAUUUUGAAAUUUUUUUAGAAAGGCUGGUGAUUUCUACGAAGAUCGCAACGAAGAGCAGCCCGACACUAACCACAGAGUCUCCUGCCCCGUCAGGAACUCCGGGACCAGCUGAAACUCCAGCUCCGGAGACCCCAACCGAAGCCCAGCCAAGUCCAACGUGGUCGACCCCCUCGAAAGGCCGUGGACGCCCGAGAAAGUACCUCCCCGGCCAUGAACCCUACAAGAUUGCGAGGCCGUACAUCAAGAAGGCGGAUAGAGAAAGAAUGGAGAAAGAAAAGGAGAGCAGAAUCAGCAGGCAUUCGAGAAGAUCCAAGGAGGAACAAGAGGUGAGCUGAUGGUGGAGAAAAGUCUUGAUUUUUUUUGGAAAAUCGGUCUGUCAAAGUCUGGUCUGGUCUGUAGAAUAGGGAAAUUAGUUAUUUUUGGGAAAACGAACGCUUGAAAAUUGAGAUUUUAAAAAUUUUUGAAAUUUUAAAAUUUUUGCAAGUUGCUCUUAGUUUUUUGAGUUUUUCUCCAAAAAUUCGGAGAGAAUUGAUUGUAAAAGCAUCUCUAAACCCCUCUAAAUCUAACUGUAGUCUAUAAACUACAAUUUUUUAGUUAGUUUUGAGAACAUUUAGCACUGUAAGUCUAGAAAUCUUGUAAAUUUUUGAGUUUUUUGCUGAUUUUUGGGAUUUUUGAUUUUUUUUUCACUUUUUACACAAUAAUUGUUAGUCUAAUUACAACAAAUUCCAAGUCAUAUCAUAUUCGAAUAGUUUUUUAAUUAAUUUAUUGGAAUUCGGAUGAUCUUACCUUAUUUUGGAAGCUAUGGUAUGUCUGAUUUAGAGCUCUAAAUUGUCGUCUAAAAUACUGCGGUUUUAAUUAAUUUUGGUCUCUAAGCAACAUGUGUGGAGUAUUUUGUAUAUUUUGGUCUGGAUUUGAUGAAUUUACGGUUUUGAUUUUUGAAUUUUGAAUAAAUAAGAGUCAAGUAUAAGAUAAGGCGAAUGUUAUAUGAAAAUUAGAAUUAAAGUUGAAAAGUUAUGUGGUAAGUGAGUGGUAUAGUUUGUGGAUAAAGUUGAAGUGAUUUUUUAGUUGAAAAAUUGGUUGAGACAUCGAAAAAAUGGGGUCUUAUGUUAUAGUAACCACCUUUUAGGCCAUCAGAAAAUUCAACAUCAGAUGUGCGAAAGGAAUUUUCAAUAUGGGAGAGGAGACGGAAGAAGAUAAUUAA